AUGAAGCUCACGCUUGCGACCAUAUUUGCUACGAUAUUUUUCGCUGUUCUCUCUUCUGCAAGUCCAAUUCCGCAGGUAGCCCAACGCGAAGCGCUACCAGAAGUUUAUGAGCGGUGUUCUCCGUCAGAAGGUGGAGAUUGUAUUGGGUACUAG